AUGAGCUUCCAUCCCGACUCUCUUCCUGACCUUGAUGGCAAGGUCUUCAUAGUCACGGGUGGUAACUCCGGCAUGUUCAAAUCACUAAUGUUUCCACAUCAUAGGGGCUACUACACCGUAUCCCACCUCGCAGAACACGGCGCUCACGUUUACAUGUGUUCCCGAUCCCUAGAGAAAGGCACAGAAGCCAUUGCGAGCAUCAAAAAAACAUACCCCUCGGCCAAUAUCGACCUUUUACAAAUGGAUCUUAUGAACCUCACUAGCGUUGUCGCAGCAGCCAAGCACUUCCUCACCCUUGAGACAACCCUACAUGGCCUGGUCUUCACAGAGCACUUACUCCCAGUAAUGCUCAAGACAUCAAGAACGCUUCCUCCCGGCAGCGUACGCAUCGUCAACCUCACUUCAUCAGGUCACUUAGGCGCACCCAAGACUGGCAUCAACUUUGACAACCUGAACCUCAAGGAUGAAGGCCCAUGGCAACGGUACGGUCAGAGUAAAGUCGCCAACAUUCUGCACGCCAAAACCCUGCACAAGAUUUACGGCCCCGGCUCAGAGAAUGACGAGGGCGAAAUUUGGACUUCAUCCGUGCAUCCUGGUCUUGUUGAGACGAACCUCUCGACGUCGGUAGAGCCGUCCGAGAAGGGCGUGUUGAGCAUCCUAUCGGCCUUGCGUGUGUUCAAGAUGUUUUGGUCUGCCGACAAAGGCUCGUGGAAUAGUCUGUUCUGUGCGGCAAGCCAGGAUAUGAAGGCGGAGCAAAGUGGUAUGUACACUGAUAUCUAUCACCGGUGUGGUGAACCAUGGUGGGAGAGUAGUGCGGCGAGGGACGAGAAACUCGCAGAGAGAUUGGACAAGUGGACUAGGGAUGUGAUGAGUACAGAAGGAUGGAUUGAGUAA